AUGAAAAGUGUUUUUUUACCGCCGGACGACGGCGACUUACCGGAGGAAAGACGGCCGGCGGAGAUCGAUGAGAUGAGGGAGAAUGACGUCACUAUGGCGUCAAGGCCCGCGUACACAAUGCUCUUCACAAACUCUCCUUUCCAUGGCUCUUUUGGUCUCCGUCUCUCCUUUUUCCCAUUCAUCAAUGGCUGCAACAAAGGAACAAAACUAUUAUUUUUACUACCAGAGGCUUAUUUUCUUCAUCCUCCUCAUUUCCUAACUCAAAUCUUUCAUCUUCAUUGUGAGAGGAUGAAAUUUCAAUCCCGGGCCGAGAAUUCAAGGCUACGGGCCGAUUGGUGGGCUUGCUAUCAGGCAACAUCUUCAGUAUAA